GAUGAACCUGCGGCAACCUGCGAAGUAAAGAAUCCCUGGGCUUCUGUAGUUCGUCUUCACUUUUUGCUUUUGACGACGAAUAAGCUUAUUCUUGGCAUUCUCAUAAACUUUCACCUCUGUGAACCUUGGAUAUCGGCCAAUGACAGGGGGUCUAUAUCCCAACCAGACUGAACCAUUUUACCUUGCCAAUUUCGAAAACACUAUACGAUGAAAGCUGGCAAGGACGUAGGUGGUGAGGAACAGGCUCUCUACCAGUGUUCCAGAUGUCGACGUCGCUAUCAUCGUGCGGAGCAUCUUGCGCGCCAUGUCAGGUCUGUGCAUACCAAGCAGAGGCCGUAUGCGUGCAGGGUCUGCGGGAAGGGAUUUGGGAGAUUGGAUGUGUUGAGGAGACAUGAGGUUAACACGCAUGGUGGCGGUGGCGGCGGUUUGCCUGAGCCUGAGACGGCGGUGGUCGUCGUGGAAGGGGAUGAUAAGUUGUCGAGGGAGGUUGAGGGUAGCGAGAGGGUUAGGUUGGCAUGUAAGGGGUGUAAAGUUGCCAAGGUGAAGUGUUCUGAGAGAAAACCUUGUGCAAGGUGUGUUGGACGGGGAGGUUUAUGUGAGGUUGAGGGGGAGAAUUGCGUUGAAGGUGGCCCUGGUUCUGAUUUUUUGGAUGAGGUUCAGGCUGUACCGGAGGAUUACACACAAACGCGGUUGGAUGACCAGAGAGCCCUCGACGAGACAGCGCCAGCGAUGAUGAUGAUGAUGAUGGAUGACUUUUCCUUUGGCGCGGAGUGGAAUCUGGCGAUGUCUGAUUUAUCGUACCUGCAGACUCGGUUCGAUACGGUCGGCCCGGAGGGGUUGGAGGUCACCGCAUCUGAUGGGGCGAGGCUGGCACAAGAGAAGGAGCAGGAGCAGGAGCAGAACGGCGGCAUCGGUAUGUCCAUAUCGCCACCCAUGACGCCGGAGAGCCACGGCACUGGAUCUUGGGAGCCGUCGAGCGAUGAGAACAGCGAGAUGGAAAGGCCGCACCUCGCUGCGGACGAGGAGAGUUUGAAGGCCGGGGGAACACCACGGACACCGGAGACGCCUGACUUUGGUUGGUGUAGUGAUGGAAAGGGCAGCGGUGUCGUCGAUCUGUCCAUUUCACCAGCAGCGCGGAACGCUAUUGUCGGUAUGAUUCUUGACAAUACAUCCCGUGCCAACGCCGGCCCUGUUAUAGCUGCUUUCCCGUCGGUGGGGGCGCUCGAUGCGCUUUUAGGGGCGUAUGCUGGCGACUGUUGGGGCAGAUCAUCAUCAUCAUCAUCAUCAUCAUAUUGUUCUUUAACAGCGGCGGGUAAGUAUGGGAUCAUCGACGUAGUACACCUUCCUACGCUACGGCUUGACCAGCAGAGGCCGGAGUUGUUGGGCGCCUUGAUUGCCGUGGGCGCUAUCAGGGCCGGUUCGGCUGUGGCGAGGAGGUUUGGCCACGCGAUGCAGGAUGUUGUGAGGGUUUCUUCUUUUCGGAGUUGGGAGAAAAACCACGCCAACCUCUGCGACAUCAGCCUGUCCCAAGCCUUUUUCCUGCAGCAGCACAUCGCCUUCUUCAGUAGCAUUCGGCGAAAGGUUGCUUUCGCGGAAGCCUGUUCUGGGUGUAUGCAGGUGAUGAUGAAGAACGGCGGGCAUAUCCAAGGAGCGAUGGAGACUGAUCAGGCCCUCUAUCAAGCCGAGAGUCUUUACACCCUGAAUGAUGGAGCUCUUGAGGACGUUUGGCGGAGGUGGUCUGUCCGUGAGGCAAGAAGGAGGUUGGUGUAUGCUGUGUACAUCAUGGAUAGCCAUGUCGGGAUAACGCAUGGGAUUAGGGGGAUGGCGAGGUACGGAGACAUGAGGCUUCCUCUCCCUGCACCGGCAGGGUUAUGGAGGGCUGAGUCGGCGGUGAAGUGGAGGGAGGAGAUGGUGCGGUCAAUGCCGGGGUCAACAAUAUCUCCUUCUUCUUCUUAUGCCUCCUCCUCGCUAUCUCCGGCUCUGUCUUUGAGGGACUUGAUGGGCGAUCCAACGCUGAUCGCUAGAUCCUACCACCGCAGUAGGGUGAACCAGAACUUCGUCGCUCUAGGCUUCUAUGCUGGUCUCUGGGCGCUUGUUGAAGAAUGCCGCCAGCUGAAGGCUAUCAGUGGCCACGGACAAUGGAGCGCCAUGAUCUUAUCCUCGCGGCGGAUGGAGCUGGGUUCAAUGCUCAAACUGUUUGAGUCUUCUUUACGAGCGGCGGGGUGGGCGGUGGCUCCUGCUUCGGAGAUGAUGUACGAAGUUCUUCAUAUGUAUAUCUCGACGUCGAUGGAUGGAGAUGAGUUGCGUGGUACUGGUAUGUCACCGUCGCUGUCGCAGCAAAUUCACAGCGAGGCUUCGGCAAACGGGAUUGAGGAAAUCCCGGAGGACUGGGUCGCGGUUUGGAGAGCGGGUAAAGUUCUUCGUGCGGCGAGGCGGCUUGAGCCAGGGACGUUGAGUGGGGUUUAUUGCGUCGCUCUCCGGGAUGCUACUGUUCUUCUUUGUCGAUUUGGAAGGAGUAUGUCUUUGCGGGAAAAGGUGGUGAUGGGGCAGCAUCGUCCAAGGCCGGGAUGUGGUACUGGCGCCGCUGCUGUGUUGGUGUUGGAUGGAGAGAAGGAUGUGCAAGAGUAUCAGGUAUUGGACAGGAACGUCCACCUUAUGCUGCGCGGCACCGGAACGGAAGAGGAUAAUGUGGAGAUUGAGGACGUUGCGGGUGUGAUUAGGUUGUCGCGGAGGAUCAUUAAGGGAAAUUGGAAGGGCUCGAGAAUGCCGGGCGGUGUUGAGGAGGUUUAUGGUUUGUUGGAUGGUCUCGGGAAGGCGUCUGGUCCAUGAGAUGUUGAUGGAGAAGAAAGAAGGCAAAGGGGAGAGAGGAACUUCCAUUUGUUGAUAAAGUGUGGCGUAAUUCAGCGGGAAGUCCGUAUCGAUACUUCCUCCUUGUCUUCUACUUGAAGGCAGCAGUCAGCAACUCAGAAGACUUCCGUGGGCGAAACACAGGUGAUCGGCUUCACUCCACCAGCCGGUUCUGAGUCCGAGAUCUCUUACAUUGUUAUCAAUAGCUCUCUGAGCACUGUUUGAC